AUGACUGAUAUCAUUAAAAAAAGAAUAGAAGAAGAUAUUCCAGGAUAUUAUAAACAGAAACGAGGAAUGACUCAAAAAGAAACAAUAAUAUUCAACAAGAAAAUAAUUAGAUUAAAGAAAGAAUCAGAAAGAAUUAAAAUUGAAUUAAGUGAUAAAACUGAUAUUGAAUUAAAUUUAGAAUUAUUAUUAUCUGAUGAUUAUGAUGAUGAAUAUAAUACUGAACUAGAUUUGGAUUUAUUAUCUGAUGGUUGUGAUGAUAAAUAUGAUAUUGAUCCUACUAUUACAAGAAAAGAAUUUGAAGAAGAAUGUGAAAAAAGAGGAAUAUAUGAAGAAUUUAUUAAUAAAAUAAAACAAGUUACUCAAAAAAAAGGAUAUAAAAGAGGAAAUGUCCAAUUAGUAAUAUUAAAUGGUGGAACAUGUAAAAUGCCAAGAAUUAGAGAAGAGGUUGCUAAGUUAUUUGAUAUACAAACAUUUUCUGAUAAGAAGUUUAAUCCACUUAAUGCUGUUGUAAAACGAGCUGCAUAUUUAGCAUAUUUAAAACAAGAAAAUCGCAUUAGUCCUGAAGUUAUAUAUGAUAUUGUUCCAACACCAAUUGGAAUAGAAUUAGAAGGAGAAAAAUUUGAAAUACUUAUUGAAGAUGGAGAAACACUUCCUACAAAGGGAAUAACAAAAAGGUAUUACACAACCUACGAUAAUCAAACAACAAUACAAUUUAAUGUUUAUAAAGGAUUUGGUAAAUAUGUCAACUCUCCUGAAAUGGAAUACAUUACUACACUUCAUAUUGAUGGAAUUCCUAAUGGAAAAGCUGGAGAACAAAUAAUUGACUUUACAAUUAAAGUUAAUCAGAAUGGAAUGAUGGAGUUAAGUGCUUCUGUUGUUGGAAGUGAUGUUAAAGGAGAUUUAAUUGUUAGUAUUGAUUUAUCUAAAGAAAGUGAUGAAAUUACAAAAUUAAUAAAACAUUUUCAAACAUUUUAUUAA